CGAGCACCAAAGCCGAAGUGCGCAGGCCAUCGCGAGUCGGUCGCGAGUGCGCCAUCGCAAUAAUUAUCGGCAAAGCUGCGUUGGUUGCCUGGAGAACGACGAGGCUUGUUUUUGGCACUGGCGCUGCAGCGCGACCGACCGGCGUCUCGAUCGUCCCUCGCUUUCGCACUCCAAGCAGUACCAAAAUACGAAUCGACUCUGUCUGCAGCAGAAACAUGUAGAGGCGGCCAACCAGCAGCAGCAUGGUCGGGGACACUCAGGCGUGUUUGUCCAGGGGGCUGUCGGCCUCCAUCGAGGAAAUGUCCACAUCCAGAAACACCCCCAGGCCGGAGCCCGGCGAACGGAGAGCAUCCAAGCUCAUCAACUGGCCAUUGGUGCCCCUCAGGAUUACCCUUUUUCUCUUUUUUGGAGGACUGGCGUGCCUGGUGGUGUACCUGCCGCUGCACAUGCGAGAGGUCGGCCUUUCGGACGAGCACUCGCGCGUCAUCGCCACCGUCGCCCCUCUGCUCUCCAUUUUGGGCCCUUUGAUCGUCGGGCCGGCCGCUGACCGCCUCGGCAAGCACAAGCAGGUGUUGCUGACUGGUUGCCUACUGUUGGGCGCCGCAUGCUACUGCCUACUGCUGGCGGUGCCAUUGACCUCCGAAAACGGAAACUUCCAGGGUCCCACCCUGAGCGCGGCGCCCAAUGUGCAGCUCAGGUGCAACUCGAAGGGCGCGCGAAUCGUGCAGGAGCUCUGCUCCUCACAAUGCCCGCGCUGGUCUGACAACACAGCGUGGGAAAUGAAGAUUUUUAAUUGCAAAUUCGACUGCGGCGAAAAAGGGGAAGCUUACAAUAGGCGUCUCACAUCGACAACGACGACCACAACCGCUGCACCCACUGAUGACUACGACCAACCCGACCUUGAGGGUGUUCCCCAGAACAAACCAACCGAGAAAGAUCCAUUUCUUAAUGCAUACAUUGGCGAGCCAAGACCAAAUUUGUGCUUCAACCAUAGCCUGUCCAGCAGCAACAAUCUCUGCAAUCUGAUGGACCACACAAGUACGCUGCUGGUCAACAUCAGUCUGCCGGAGGUGGCAAGCAUGGAGAGCACUUGCGAGUAUCCCUUGAGCCACAUCAAGAUCAGUCUGGGCAACGAGAGUUACUCGUCCUUGUAUUGCAGAGGUGACUGCGUAGUCAAGUGCGGCGUCACAAGCAGUCUGUGGGACAGGGUGGCUGGUGGACAUCAGAUCUGCCCAGCAACGUUUCCACUGACUGACCCCGAGGUGACCUUCUGGAGUUACCUGCUGGCGCGGUCAGUGGCCGACAUCUUCCCAGUGGCGGCGCUGCCCUUGGCCGACACGCUUGUGGUUGUCCUUUCGAGUACCCACAACAGCGACGUUGGCCGUGAGUUGUCGUUUGGCGCGUUGGGCGCCAUCGUCGUCGCGCCCCUCGUCAGUUUGCUGGUGAAAUUCGAAAUCACCCCCUGGCAGGAUACGCCCUCCGCCCUGCCUAUCCUGGUGUUUGCCCUGCUGUCGCUUCUUGCCGCCCUUGCCCUCUCUUGGGUCAAACUGCCCUCGGUGUGGUACAGCCGGAGAAUGGAGCUCGGAGAGCGACCUUCCGUCAGGGUCACGCACCCUGGCGAGGCCCUCGCUCUCCUCUUUGUCCUCCUUCUCCUUGGACUCUUCUGGGGAGCCCUCGAGACUUACUUUCCAUGGUUCCUCCAGGAUGUAUACAGAAUAUAUACCUGGGAGAUGGGGCUGACUGUGGCACUAGGCUUGGUCUUCACCAUGCCCUUGCUGUGGAACUCAGAGACUCUGAUCGAUUACUGUGGCUACACCAACAUUUUUAUUGCAGCUUUUGUUUUUUACAUCAUCAGAUUCCUUGGUUAUCAAUACCUGGAGACGUUCUUUGUGGUUGAGACUUUUGAAGUUUUCACCCUGUGCUUGAUGUGGGUCACGGCGGUCCUGUACGCCCGAAACCUCACAGCCAAACACCUGACCGCAACUUCGCAGGCUCUCAUCGUUUUGGCGCACUUUUGUUUAGGCCGUUUCUUUGGCGCGUUGGCCUCAAGUACCAUUGGCAUCCCAGACGGCAUCCAUCCAAGGGACUUCUUCAAGGGAUGCAGCGUGGUCGCGGCCAUUGCUGGCUGGUUGUACUUCUGCAUUUACUAUUGCUGCGUUCGACCUGGCUGUGGCAGGAAGAAAAUUUUGUCCGGCAGCGGUCAACUGCCAGCUGAAGCUGCAACAACAAAUGGCUCGUACACCCCGUUGCGGAUCUACAGGGGAGGCGACCAAGAGGCCAAAGGUCACGGCAGAUUUUAAAGGUUUUCUAAAGACCAACAAUUGUCACUUGUCAUAUCCAUUCCGAGUCCGACUAGAUCAAAGUUAUUCAUUAUUAUACUUGAAUGUACACAGCAUCAGCAGGAUGAUCUAUGAAAUGUAAUCUCUGCGAGGAGCCUCGUAUAUUUUUGUAAACUUGGGAAUUUGAAAGGAAUUAUAUUAUAUUGAGAUAGGCGAAUACAUGGUCAAUGAAAAGUGGAAAAAUUAAACAAACACAUCUAAAUAUAAGAGCAGAGGCCACAAAGAAGGCGUUAGACGUUAGCUUUCAGGUAAAUGUUGUAGUUUUCACGCGCAGCUUGUUGUUCAUCGUUUACGUGUAUAAAAGUUUUGAUUUGCGGUAAAUGUUUUCAUUUGCUUCGUCUGUUAGAAAAGACUGCCAGGCAUCGGAAGAAUGUGCACUAACAAUAAAUGUUUAUAUCCUGACAAAACGUAUAACAUUAUAUUA